CAAUUACUAACGGCCCACGGCUUACGAGGAUUCUGUCUACAGGUACUGUUGACCUGAAAACGGCGGAUCACAACGACGAGCUUUAGCACAUAUCCUUUACCUAAAACCAUCCCAUCGCCUGGAAGAGAUUAACACAUAUCAUAGGCAUACAACCAUCACAUCACCAGGAAGAGAUUAACACAUAUCGUUGUGUUAAAACCAUCCCAUCGCCAGGAAGAGAUCAACACAUAUCACUGACCUAAAACCAUCCCAUCGCCAGGAAGACAUUAACAUAUAUCGUUGACCUAAAACCACCUCAUCGCCAGGAAGAGAUCAACACAUAUCAUUGACCUAACACCAUUUCAUCGCCAGGAAAAGAUUAACAUACCGCUGACCUAAAACCAUCCCAUUCAUCGGACCACCCAACAAGGAAACUCACGUUUAUCACGUUUAGUUACUCGACCUGAAACUAAAACGAAACACGCAGAUAGAUUUGACCUAAAACUGCAGCGCCACAAGACAGCGCUCCGCGUAGAACCAGUGACGUCACCAACAUGCAAAUCGCUCACUGGCUGGGGAUGAUAGUAUCAUUUAUGCUAGUAGGCAGAUGCGUAAGCCAAGAUCUUGAUGCUCCGCAAUUUUCUCAAUCAUUUUACGAAAUCACUGUAGCAGAAAACAUCAAAAUAGGACUUACCUUAUUCACCGUCAGUAUUACAAACAAAGACCCCGGUGAUAUAAAGUUCACCCUAAACGACACGACGAACUUCAUUAUUACACGAAGCGGUGCUGUGGAAUACUAUGGCGGAUUGGACUACGAAAAACCCGAGCUACGGCAGAUAACCCUAAUCAUUACAGCUACUGAUUCGGGAUCGCCUCCGAAAUCAACCUCAGUUCCGGUGUACAUCAACUUGACAAACAUCAACGACGAGAGUCCAAGAUGCGUCAAGCAGAUGUACCAGGGCGAGGUUUUGAACGGUGCUCCGGCCGGAACCGAGGUUCUCCAAGUGCUGGCUGUAGACAGGGAUUUCAACACAACGCUGAUUUACAACCUCACAUUGCCGAACGCGUACUUUAAGAUUAACAGACAAACAGGUGUGAUCACAACCAGCCGGGUGGUGGACAUUGCCGCCAUUUUGGAAGGGAAAUUUGAGACGUUUAGAGUCAGAGUAUCAGAUGGGUUACGGAACAACUUAUGCCCAGUAAUGUUAACUAUCAAGGACCCAAACUUUCAUGACCCCAAAUUUUCGAAAACUGUGUACGAGUCAAGCUUGGAUGAAGGAUCCCCUGCUCAGAGAGUAUCGGUCCUAACGGUGACGGCUACAGACGAGGAUAUUGGUGCACAAAAAAUUCUGACCUACUCUCUAACGCCUACCAUGUAUUCUGAUAAUUUCGAAAUCGACAGUUCUUCCGGAGAAAUAUGGUUAAUGGGGUCAAUAGACCGGGAGAAUAUGACAUCACCGACAACAGUGACUCUAAUUGUGGAAGCCGUAGACAGCGGCUUGCCACCUGCGACUGCCAGUGCCACCGUUAACAUCGUCAUCAAUGACGUGGAUGAUAAUGGGCCAAAAUUUUCAACCGACUAUUACGAAUUCAACAUGCUAAAGAAAUUCUCCAGAGAUCUUAAAAUUACAUCGUUACCGAAAGCUGUAGACGCGGACCUGGGGUCUAAUGGUGUUUGA